AUUGUCACUUGUCAGGUGAUAAGUGUUGCCAUAUGUUGUUGUUAAUUGAAUAUUUUUUUUUUCAACAGCAAAACACAUUAAAAAUAAUUAACUUUUUAUUAAUCAGAAGCAACGAAUCCAGUGUUAAUUAUUUAGGUAAUGUUAUAAAAUGGUAGAACCAAUUUUCGACUAUCAAUUUCGAUUAAUAUUAAUUGGAGACAGCACGGUUGGAAAAAGUUCUUUGUUGAAGUACUUCACUGAUGGAAAAUUUGCUGAGGUAUCAGAUCCAACUGUUGGAGUGGACUUCUUCGCUAGACUGAUUGAAGUCAAAGAUGGCACCAGAAUAAAAUUGCAACUGUGGGACACUGCCGGCCAGGAACGGUUCCGUUCAAUCACCAAAUCUUACUAUCGCAAUUCCGUUGGGGCUUUAUUGGUUUAUGACAUUUGCAAUAUGUCUAGUUUUGAACACAUACCACAAUGGAUGAGUGAAGCAAGACGCCAUAUUGAACCUCACCGGCCUGUAUUUGCUUUGGUUGGCUGCAAGGCUGAUUUAGUUGGUAAUGGAGGACAAAGAGAGGUCUCUAGAGAAGAAGCUAAAACCUUUGCAGACAGCCAUGGAUUGUUUUAUGUUGAAACAUCGGCAAAAAGUGGCUUGAAUGUCGAAGAAGCUUUUAGAGCUGUGACACAAGAAGUCUAUAAUCGGAUACAGACUGGUGAAUAUAAGGUUGAAGAUGGUUGGGAUGGAAUUAAGACUGGUUUUUCAAGACCUAACAGUUUAGACUACAAUUUAGUGGAAGCCGAGCCAGCAAGAGCCACUUGUUGUUAGGGUUAUUGUAGUGAAGGGGUUCGAUAGCUAUUAGGUUGUUCACUUUUAUACCAAGUAACGUAAGAACAAAUUGAUUCUCUCUUUACAAUAUUAGAAAAUCUAAAAUAUAUUUUCAUUGUCAUUGUAGCUGUUGGGACUAGGAGUAUCCAUUUUCUGCAAUCAUUGAUUUAAAUUGUUACAAUUUUUAAUAGUUUUUGAGUGAGACAUUUCUUCAAUUUUUUGAAUAUAAACAUAAUAUCCACCCCUAAUGUAGUUAGUGCAAUAACCUAAAAAUAGGUACAGACUCCAAAGAGCAGUUAUUUAAUUAUUUUUUAACAUUUAACAAUAUUUUUUGUUUCAUAACAUCACUAAGUACUUUGAAGUUUAACUGAAACUAAAAUUCAUUAUUUGACUGAUUGGUUGUUUUUUAUUUGUUAAUUAGUUUUAUUUCUUUUUUUCUGACAAGUUUCUGGUUGAAUUAUCAUUGUUUUAUUUUUUAGAGAUUUAACUUAUAUUUAAUGUAAACUGAAAAUGCACUAGAUUUUUUAAAACAAUAAUAAUUGCUUCAAUAUUUUUGCCAAACUUUUUUAAUCGAAAUAUAUUUUUUUAUUAGUCGAACAAACAAAUCUGUCAAGUGUCUGGUGUACUUUUCUUGAACUAACACUAAAUUUACUUCUUUUGAAUGGUACCUUAUUAUAAAAGAUUUAUUUUUAGAUCUAUUAAUCUUGUAUUAAUCUAGUCUUUGGAAUGUUCAAGUAGAUUAUUGUUGUAAAAGGUAUAUUUAAUAAUUAUUGUAAAAUGAGUCUUGUAUAUAUCCCAAUUUUAAUUAUUUAGAUGGAUCUGAUGUAGGGAUUCUAAAUGAGUUUUAAAUGGAAUAAAGUUUUUAAAAUAUGUAUA